UUCACAUGUAGGCCGUGUUGUCCAGAAGACUCUUGACGGUAACGCCGUGAUGCCCGUAGGCCAACGGUAUGCAAUGCGAUAAAUCUUCAUUGGUGGGCACAACCGAUCAUUCACAGAUUUGAACGUUAAUUCUCUGACUUGGUUUGUUCAUCGUCUUUUGUAGACCAGACACCCCAACAUUAUGUCGUUUGUGCAGGGACGCUCGUUCUACCGAAUGGAGGCCCUUUACAAUUGGAUAUCUCGGCGAGUUACUUUGACAGUGUCGACAGACGAAAUGAGUGAUUGUGGAAGAAAACCUCAUUAAACAAAUCGGGUUGUAACUCGGCUGAGUUUCCAACGAGAACGACCACGAACGAAUUGGAUCGAAAAAUUCAAUAAACAUAAAGACAAGCUCAGGGACAGGGCGGAUCAUCCGGUAGCAGCAUGGUGCUAUUUCAGUAAAAGACGACGGGAGACGCACUGGCAUUGCUGGAGCAUUUUCGUUGAUAUGUUAGCAUGUGGACAUGGUAGUCAUGUGCCUUAGUUGGUUUUAUCAUCUAGAUCUAGCUCUCAAGAACUAGCACAUCCUCACACUCAACCCACAUCAACAUAGGUCAUAGGAUUAUCAUCAUCUCCUCUAAAAACAUCAAAAAUAUACUGCGCCAGCAGGUCGUCGUCACAACUGUGUUGACCUCUGUGACCAACCAUGAGAAACCCUUUGCAUUCCUUCCGUACCUUUUCAGACACGCCUCAAUCCGUACCUCCAGGAGUGAACCACUAGAAGGUUUUGAAGGAGAACGAGAAGGACUACCUUCUAGGAUCUCUCGU